AAAAGAGAGCGUCGAGAUGUGUGAGGAAGAAGUGAAGCUGCUGGGUGCGUGGGGGAGCCCGUUUAGCUGGCGGUUGGAGGUGGCUCUCAAAAUGAAAGGAGUCGAGUACGAGUAUUUUGACGAGGACUUGAUGAACCGCCCCAAGAGCUCUUUGCUUCUCGAGUACAAUCCGGUCCAUAAGAAGAUACCCGUGCUCGUCCACAACGGCAAGCCCAUUGCCGAGUCGCUGGUGAUUCUCGAGUACAUCGAUGAGAUUUGGAAUGAUCGCCCUGUGAUCUUGUUGCCUCAAGAUCCGCGCGACCGAGCCAUCGCACGUUUCUGGGCCAAGUUCAUGGAUGACAAAUGCGCUCCAGCCCUAUGGCGAUCUUGUCGGCACGAGGGUAUUGAACGAGAAAACGCAUUCGAGGAAGCAUGUGCCCUCCUAAAUGUGCUUGAAGCCGAGCUCAAGGACAAGCAGAAGAGGUUCUUCGGAGGAGACACCAUCGGGUUCGUGGAUAUCGCAGGCAACUUCAUCGGCUACUGGAUCGGAGUGAUCCAAGAAGUGGCCGGGGUCCGUCUGCUGACUAGGGGUGAGCAUGGUCCGGACUAUGGGGGAGGAGGUCGUGAAGACCUUUACGGCGUAAACUUCACGCCUUUUGGAAUUGGAUGCCGUCUGUCCGUGACUGUUAAGAUUUACCUCACCACAACCCAGGAGUCCGAGAGCUCUGUUGAGGGCCACAUUGCUUGCUAG